AUGCCCUUUCGAUGUAUGAGGGCGGGCUGCUGGGAGCAGGUCGCCACUGAGGAGGAGGAUGCGUCAGGGCAAGAGGAGUUGGAGAAGCAAGUGCGCAGCUUGCUUCCAGAGGGCUAUGAUGCUGGCGAGGUGGUGCAUGUCUCGAAAGCGGUGGGCCCGAGCAUCCCGGACCUCUGGCUGACAAACGUGUACAUCCUCGGCUGCACUGCGCUCUUCUUCGUGGCGGUCUGCAGCACCAGGUCAUGCAAAGAGGGCAGCUCUUACCCGUCAGUUCCGCUCUGGGUGUGGUGUUUUUUCCUGCUCCCGCUGCCUUUGCAACUGGUCACAGAACGCAAGGCUGUGCGCCUGGUGUUGCGCACUUUCGUGAUGGACUUGUUGAAGUACAAGGGCGGUACCUUCAAGGUGAUGGGCGUGGCCGUCAGUACCAGGAUUUGGCACAGCUACAGCAUCGUAAUGCUGCUCCUGGGCUUGCUGGACAUUUAUUCGGACACCGCCUUCGCUGGCAUCCUGAGCUUUGGAGGCACGGACAUGUGCUCAGCUGGACAAACAGCCUCCCUGUGGAACUACUGGUGGAAGCAUGGUGUCAUGGGCUACUUGCCCGUUCCUGUUCCAGCAUUGGACAUGGUGAUCCUGUUCUCCUGGAGCUUGAUGCUGCUGCAGCAGCUGGUUCCUGUGGUUUCCAUGAUCAGGAAGGAGCAAGUGACCUACGAGCACGGGGACGAAGGAAAGGCGAUCUCAGCAGUGACGGGCGAACAGCUCUUCAACGACGACGUGUUCUUCGAGCUCUCAGAAGCUGCGUGCUUCCACUCAAUCGUACACAUCUCGACCGACCAUGCGACCUGCCAAAUGGAACGCCUGGUUCGGGAGAAAAGACAUUGGAGGAUCAUGGGAUAUGGGAAUACGCUCUGCAGCAGGCUGAUGAAGCGCUUCCUUCUGUCCUACGUACUCGAGAACUGUGUUCAGCUGAACCUUCAAGCGUACACUUUGGCCAUCAACCAGUACCAGGCAAAGCACCUGGCAGUGCUUCCAAGAUUCUCACUGGUAAUUGGAAUGGUGAUGGCUGCGAUCAAGGCAGCCGAGAUUGUUGGCUUCCUGCGCAAUCUGAUCCCCUUUGUCACAGACGUUGCCAAGGAAGCAGAGAAUCUGGAACCCCCAAAAGAAGAGCAGCGCAAGAAGUUUCAGUCGGGUCUCGCACUCUUUCGCCGGGUUGAGAUUUACUCAGUGCUGGCGUUGUUGCUGAUGGUCUCCUCGCUGCUCACCGCCUGUUUCACGCUCCUCGGAGUCCAGCUCUGCCCUGAAGGGGUGAUCACGCUGAAAGGUUGCCUGGAGGUUCCCGGAGACCUCCUGCCAUGA